AUGGCCUCAAUUGCUACCUCCCUGCGCGCUGCCCGCCCCGUGGCCAUGCGCUUUGCGCCCCGCGCUGCCCCGAUGGCUCGACUGGCGAUGCCCUUCAGAAGCUUCUCCAGCAGCCGCAUGAGCCUCGCUCGCAAAUAUACCAAGGACCACGAGUGGAUCGACCUCUCGGCCGACCGCAAAUCCGGCGUCAUUGGCAUCUCAGAGUACGCCGCCGAGCAGCUGGGCGACGUCGUCUACGUCGAGCUCCCCCCCGCGGGCGAAUGGACCGACCAGGGCGACUCCAUCGGCGCCGUCGAGUCCGUCAAGAGCGCCAGCGACAUCAACGCGCCCAUCCGCUGCAAGGUCACCCACACAAACUCCCUGCUAGAGGAGAAGCCCGCCACGAUCAACCAGGUGCCCGAGGACGACAGCGCCGGCGGCGGCUGGAUUGUCAAGGUUGAGGUGGAUGAGGAGGGCGCGGCGCAGUUUGAUGAGCUGCUGGAUGCGGAGGCAUACAAGGCGUUUACGUCCGAGUAA